CAGUCAGAGAGAGAAACGCGCAGAGGAGGCAGAAGGGACACCGGCACACCACAGUGCAUUUAUUCCCGUUCCGUUAUUGACAGCUGGUCUUAGUGACAGUAGGAUUGGACUGAACACUUUCGGUUGAUAUGCACAUUUAAACUUUGGACACUCUUGUUUUCCCCUUUUCGGUUUUUUUUGUAUUAGGCACUGGACGCAUUUAUCACGGGGAUGUCUCACCCCGCAUCAAUGCAGUACAAGAAGCUGUUCGCGCUGGUGAUAUCAACGGUUGUGGAUGUAUAUUUUACGCUUGGGUCAAGAUAUCUGUCCUGAAGCGUCUCUAGUCUGAGUCGAUGAGCGGAGGAGAGUCACUGCAUCCUAAUCAGCCUCAUUGACAUUACAAGCGCACUUUUGGGGAGCACUUUAUUUUUCCAUACAGUCUAGCAGGAGUUUUUUUUUCUUCCCCCACUCAUUGGGAAGGUACAUGGAGGAUGUAACUCAUCUUUGGUUAUGGUUGUGUUUAGACUGGAUAUAAGGCUACAGGAGAAGAGGCUGGGAAAGGCUAUUUCUUUGUGGAAACUGGAUUGUGAUUAUGCCUCCAAUGCGCCUGGGCGUUCAGCAGAAUAUAAAUUAGCUGUACAGCCCUACCGUUUGUUGUAAAAACUCAGGAUAAAGAGAGCCCUGCUACAGAGGAAAGAAAGGAGCAUUGAAAGGAAAAGCCCACAUGAUGACUUUAUACAUUUUUUAUCAUGAAUUGGCAUGUGUGCUCAGUAAUUGAAGGUAAAAAAUUGUGAUAUUGCCGGGAAGAUCAACAGGUCGGAGGCGUAAAAGGCAUCAGAAACCUAAGACACUCUCACUGAAAGGGAUGCAUCUUUCUGUUUUCCUUUUCCUACUUUUAUGGGCGCAAGCCCUGACAUUGAAAAACUUAAACUACUCAAUACCUGAGGAGAAAAUACAGGGCGUCAUUGGAAACAUUGCCAAGGAUGCGGAGCUGGAACUGGGAGAGCAGGGGAAAAAAUCCAACUUUAGGGUGUUGGAGAACUCCGCCCCACACCUUAUUGACGUGGAUCCCGAAAGUGGGCUAUUAUACACUAAACAGCGGAUCGACAGAGAAACACUGUGCAGACAAAACACCAAGUGCCAGCUCUCUAUGGAAGUGUUUGCCAACGACAAGGAGAUCUGCAUGAUUAAAGUUGAGAUACAGGACAUAAAUGACAACGCACCAAGCUUUCCUUCUGAACAGAUUGAUAUCGACAUAUCUGAGAACGCAGCCCCAGGCACACGUUUCCCUUUGGCUGCUGCCUAUGACCCUGACACUAAGGAGAACGGCCUGAAAACAUAUCAAAUCACGCGGGAUGAUUAUAGCAUAUUCUCUCUGGAUGUUAAAUCCAGAGGGGAUGGAACCAAAUUCCCUGAAUUGGUCGUUCAGAGGUCUUUAGAUCGAGAGGAACGUAGCCAUCACACUUUAAUUAUAACUGCCACAGACGGAGGGGAAUAUCCCAAAUCAGGCACAAUGCAAAUUAAUGUAAAAGUCACUGAUUCCAAUGACAACAGCCCCGUGUUUGAACAGCCCUCAUAUGUCGUGGAGAUCCCCGAGAAUUCACCCCUAGGCAUGGUACUGAUAGAUUUAAACGCUACCGAUCCUGAUGAAGGGAUUAAUGGACAAGUUACUUAUUCCUUUAGCUGCUAUGUUCCAGACAGGAUCAAAGAGUUGUUCUCAAUAGACCCCCGAACGGGUGUCAUAAAGAUUCAGGGUAAAAUCGACUUUGAGGAGAACCCAAUUAUAGAGAUUGAUGUUCAGGCAAAGGAUCAAGGCCCCAACCCAAUUCCUGGCCAUUGUAAAGUCACUGUUAAAGUGCUUGACAGGAAUGACAACUGGCCAUCGAUAGGUUUCGUAGCUGUGCGUCAGGGGGCGGUUAGUGAAGCAGCAACCCCAGGGACAGUGAUCGCACUCGUCAGAGUCACAGACAAAGACUCAGGCCGCAAUGGGCAACUCCAAUGUAGAAUUUUGGGGAACGUACCUUUCAAGCUGGAGGAGAACUACGAUAACUUCUACACAGUAGUGACUGACAGACCCCUGGACAGAGAGGUAAAGGACGAGUAUAACAUCACUAUUGUGGCAAAAGACAACGGCAACCCACCCCUGAACUCAACAAAGUCUUUCACUGUUAAGAUCUUAGAUGAAAACGACAAUGCACCACGCUUCACAAAAAUGGUCUACCUUCUCCAGGUGCCUGAAAACAACAUCCCAGGGGAAUACCUUGGUUCUGUUCUUGCGCAUGACCCAGAUUUGGGCCAAAAUGGUACUGUAUCGUAUUCCCUCCUUCCUUCAAAUGUUAGCGAGGAGUCUAUCACUACAUAUGUUAACAUCAAACCCACUGACGGUGCAAUUUAUGCCCUGAGGAGCUUCAACUAUGAACAAACCAAGUAUUUCGACUUCAAGGUCCAAGCGAAGGAUUCAGGUAACCCUCACCUGGAGAGCAACACCACUGUCCGUGUCAGCGUGCUGGAUGUUAACGAUAACAUUCCUGUCAUUGUCCUUCCGUUACUUCAGAAUGACACUGCUGAGAUCCAUGUGCCUCGGAAUGUGGGAGUUGGACACAUUAUCACCACCGUGAGAGCGGUGGACAACGAUUUUGGCGAGAGCGGGCGCCUCACCUACGAGAUCUCAGAUGGAAACGAGGAGCACUUGUUUGAGAUUGAUUCGGUGACGGGUGAGGUACGGACAGCCCAGCCACUUUGGGAGGAGGUGGCACCUGUUGUGGAACUCAUCAUCAAGGUGACUGAUCAUGGCAAGCCGUCACUGUCCGCCAUGGCCAAACUUAUCGUCAAAGCCUACUCCGGGCCCUUACCAGAGGGUGAACCACGCAUCAACGCAGAACACCAUAACUGGGACAUGUCGCUCCCGCUAAUAGUAACCCUGAGUAUCAUCUCAAUUAUGCUCCUUGCUGCCAUGAUCACCAUAGCAGUCAAGUGUAAACGGGAAAAUAAGGAGAUCCGCACAUACAACUGUCGGAUCGCAGAGUACACUCACCCACAACUUGGCAAGGGAAAGAAGAAGAAGAUCAACAAGAAUGACAUCAUGCUGGUGCAGAGCGAAGUGGAGGAGCGGGACACCAUGAACGUGAUGAACGUUGUCAGCAGUCCCUCCCUGGCCACCUCUCCCAUGUACUUUGACUACCAAACUCGUUUGCCCCUCAGCUCUCCUAGGUCAGAGGUCAUGUACCUCAAACCCACAGCCAACAACCUCAGUGUUCCUCAAGGGCACGUUGGCUGUCACACCAGUUUCACAGGACCUGUUACGAACACCACCGAGACGCCAGUGAACAGGAUGUCAAUAAUACAGACAGACAAUUUUCCUGCUGAGCCCAAUUACAUGGGUAACAGGCAGCAGUUUGUUCAAAGCAGCUCCACGUUCAAAGAUCCAGAGCGAGCCAGUCUCAGAGACAGCGGCCAUGGUGACAGCGACCAAGCGGAUAGUGAUCAGGACACUAAUAAAGGCUCCUGCUGUGACAUGUCAGCUAAGGAAGCGCUCAAGAUGAAGGCCACUGGCCUCAAGCCUCAACCACUUGAGCAGGAGGAGGACUGUGUGAACUGCACGGAGGAGUGUCGAGUGCUGGGUCACUCUGACCGUUGUUGGAUGCCCCAGUUUCCCGCAGGGGCUGGAGGAGCAGGAACUCCCCAAGCCGAGAGCUCGGACUACCGCACCAACCUCUUCGUACCAGCCGGCAUGGAGGCGGUCGCAGUGGAAACUGAAACUUACGAGACGGUGUGCAACCCCAAUGGCAAAAAAACUUUCUGCACAUUCGGGAAGGAGCGUCGAGACCACACCAUCCUCGUGGCGAAUGUUAAACCUUACCUAAAGACCAAACGUGCCCUCAGCCCUCUCUUGCAGGAGGUUCCAUCUGCCUCAUGUAGCCCAACCAAAGGCUGCAGUACAGGUUCCCCGUGCUCUUCAGCCAAAGGGAUGGGUGACGGAGCCGAGGGUAAACCCAGCACCAGCCACUACGGACCCCCUGAUGGACAGUACAUCUCUCCGAACAAGCAAAACAAAGAGCAGGGCUACUCUACGCUGCCUCCCUCCGACCCCGUAGCCAAAGUCCUGGCUGAAGCACGUUCGCGGAUCAGCCAGGAGACGGCGGUGGAAAUGGACAGCGUUUUGGAGCAGGGCGGAGGAGAGAUGGGCCGCGGCACCAUGGACGCAGACCAGGUGGUCAGAGACAUCGACAAACUGCUGCAGGAUUGUCGGGGAAACGAAAACACCCCCAUCAGAAAGUAAAACAGAUUUUGUGAGCAUAAGAAACCACAGCGGACGAGACAUGGACCAAGUCGAGACGCUCUCUGAGAGAGCGUGACGCAGAUGGGGACGUUUUGCGAGGGCAAAAAAAAAAACAUGCGUACUUGAAGAUCUUGACAAAUAAACAUAGAGAGCAACAGAAUAGUUUGCUUACGUUCGUUUGGAUGCCGUGUUGUGUUUUUGGGGGCAAGGGAAUUUCUUUAGAGUUGCAGAAGUUGCUGCUUCUGGCUUCUUGUGAGCUUUUUCUUCUUCUUCAAGUGCCCACCAGCUUCAAACUCUUUCUUACAGGGACAUCUUUCUGUCACUGAACUGCAGAUGGAGCGUCCCACCCUUCUCCUACAGGGACUUUCGGAGGAGAAGGGGUGGACGAAAAUGGUUUGUUCUGACAAUCGCAAGUGAAAAGGGUUCGAGGGUGCCACGGACGCCCCUUGAACAGUUGGACCACACCAAGACAGAGACUCUCUCUUUAACUUUUAUUGGCUUUGUAAUAUCGGCAUAAAAAGUGCAAAUGAUAUCAGCAAACUCGGAGGGGGGUGUGUGGGGCCAUGAAUCUUUAGGGCGGGUGGGGAGGGUUGAUAAUGAAAUGUAACCAUUCUUCACCUGUCAUUUCUAGUCACGUGUAAACUGUGUCCUCCUCCCCCUAUGUAUAUGUACACAUGGAACAUUCCAGAACGGUGAACCUGUUACUCUCACUUAUUGGUCCUCUGUGAUCAUCUGUCUUCAGCUUUUCACUACUUUUAAAGUGACUUUCCAUGUGUCUGACAUUAAGUUAUAACAGUCACUCUCUUGUAUAUUAGGGACAUUUUUCCUUAACUGUGAAAAGAUAUAUCUAUAUAUACAUAUAGAUAAAUAUAUAUAUAAAUAUAUGAACUUAUGUAUAGUGUCCAGAUAACAAUGAAAAUAUUUAUACAUUUUGUAAAAAAAACAACAAAAAAACUAAUCUCAGAAAAAGGGUGCGCACAGGAUGAAAAUGCAGUCGAAAAUAUUUAUUGAACUGCAGAGGACACUGUUUCAAUUUCAUAAAUACAAUACAUUAACAACAACAACAGCAACAAAAAAAGAAUUUUAAAAAAAGGAAAUGUCCCUUCACAUUGUCACUUAUACACAAUACCAUUUUAAUGUGCAAAAUGUAUCCAAUUUAAUGUGUUUACAUCAAAACAACAUAUUUUUAUUGAUUUUUCUGCAGUUUCUGUGCAUUUGAGCCAAAUUGUUACGUGUACAAGAGCUAUAUUGUGUAUUUUAUUAAAUUAAUAUAUGGUUGUGUUGUAAUAUACAUGGGCUUAUAUUGUACUUGGCAACUGAUGCCUUAGUAGUCGUCAAACUCUAUGAGUUUAAUUUCCAUUCGGUUUCAUUCUUGGUUCACUCUUCCGCUCUCGCUUUCUGCUUCGCCUCGCUGCUGUGCGUUUGGACAGGUUAUGUUGUUUGAAACACGUGUUGGAAAAGACUGCUUACAUGACAUGUUCACUACUUGCUAAGCAACUUGUUUUUGUCUACAAGAAACAAAACUAAAAAAUAGCCACACAUGA